AGUUUCCACUGGCUGUUUCUACAAGGUCCAGUCUUGCAAAGUUUAUUCUCGUUGUGGAAAAAAAAAAGCACUGUCCUGUCCUGUGCUUUCAGAACAAGCAGGAGCAAUUCAAUUGCAUUUUUUUGGAGAAGAAGAGAGAAGUAACUCAAGAAAAUGACUCUGAUGAUUUUUUUGGUAAUAUUGAUCAUGGAAUCUGCCACUGGGAAGCUGUGUCCCAUUCGUGCCUCCAUUGAUGUUCUAGAAGGGGAAUAUUUUUUCCUUUGUUACCUUGAGUCAAGGCAAGAACAUUUUCAGGCAGAAGCGUAUACAAUAAACUGGUACAAAGAAAGUGCUGGAAAGCAGCAAGUGAUAAAGGAAACACGCAGAAUUGUUUCACAAAUGAACCUUCUGGAAUUUUGGCCAGCUGAACUCAGUGACUCUGGGAAUUACUCUGUCAUUCACAGCAAUGGAAAACAAAAUGCCACAAUUCAAAAGUGGACACUGAAUGUACUUGAAAGAAAUAAAAGCAGCUGUUUCAAUGAAAAUCAUUUAACUACAGAAAUUAAAAGUGCUGGAACUGGUCAUUCACUGAAAUGCAGCGAUUUGUCUGUCUAUGAAAAUGACAGCAUAACAUGGUAUAAGGACUGUAAGAAUUAUGAACAUGAAACAGAGAGGGAACUAAAUUUUAGAGCCUUAACAGUACAGAACUCUGGGAUAUAUACCUGUAAAAUCUUAAUCAGUCAUGAAGGAACAAUAUACCACAGCACAAAUACAAUUAAACUUGUAGUAGAAGAAGAUGCACCGGAGGCUUUCACUUUGGAGAUACUUGGAACUCAUGAAAAAUUUGAAACAGAAAUAGGUAAAGAAGAGAUACUCAAUUGCACAGGUUCCUUGGGUUAUUAUAUGCGAGAAGAUGCCAGCCUCUACUGGUUAAUUAACCAAACCUUUCCAGAACAAUGCACAGGUAUCCCUGAGAAUGAACCUUCAAUAUGUGAAGAAGAACUCAAAACACUACAGCUGGGAAAUAAGUUCUAUAUCACAAGGCUACUACGGAUUAAAAAAGUAAGAGAUGAGGACAUGCAUCAUAAUUUCACCUGCAUGUUGCAAGCUGAUGAAAGCACACAGAUAAAAAUAGUAAAACUGAAGAAAGGGAAGAUUCAAGACUUGCCAGUGCACAUAUUUACCACUGGAAUGGUCCUUGCUCUGCUAUUUCCAUUUGUUGCUGUAGCUGUGGUGUUUGUGGUUGUGAUGUUUAGGGUGGACUUUGUUCUAUUUUACAGAAAUAUUUGCAGGAGAGAUGAUACUGCUGGAGAUGGAAAAGAAUAUGAUGCAUUUGUGUCUUACCUGAAAGACUGUGUUUCUCCUACUGAAGAAGAGAGAGAAUUUGCUUUGAAGGUGUUGCCCAUGAUAUUAGAAGAAAACUUUGGGUACAAGUUAUGUAUAUUUGAAAGGGAUGUAUUCCCUGGAGGAGCACUUGUUGAUGAUAUCCAUUCAUUCAUUGAUAAAAGCAGAAGAUUAAUCAUUAUACUGAGCCAGAACUACGUUUCUGACAGAGCCAUAUAUGAACUUGAGAGUGGACUGCAUAAAGCCCUAGUUGAAAGAAAAACUAAGAUCAUAUUAAUUGAAUAUAUGCCUAUAAGUGACUACAAUUUCUUGCCAGAAUCACUGUCACUUUUACCAUCAAAAAGGGUGGUGAAAUGGAAAAAAGAUAAAUCUCUUCCCGUGAAUUCCAGAUUUUGGAAGAACCUUCGGUACCUGAUGCCAGCAAAGCCUAUCAAGACAAAGACCAAAGGGCACUAUAGUAACUUUGAAUUAGGCUCAGAAACUGCUCAACCCUGAACUGAGGGCUGUGACUUUAAUGCAGUCAUAUAACAAUUCUGGAGACAGAAGAUGCAGCAGAAAACUGUGUAUUUUGCUAACUAAUAGAACUAAAUAAACUAAUAUUUUGGGAAAUAGCUGAUUAAGAGGCCAGCUCUGAGAUCUGAUGAGAAU